AUGUCAGAAACAAGUAUUGAUUUUUUGAUGCACAGACAAAAACAUUUACCUCAGUAUCAAAUAGCUGCUCAAUAUGAUAUAUUAGCAUGGCUCGAUACAAUUCCUUUAUCUCGGCCAGUAUAUACUUUAGAACUAGAUUUUGGUGAUGGAAUCUUAAUUGCUGAAAUAGUUGCUUACUUUUUUCCUGAAUAUGUUGAGUUAGAAAUGUUUCAUGUCGCUCGAAAUAUGUCACAACGUGCUAAAAAUUGGCGUUUAUUAAAUUCUGAUGUUUUACCUAAAAUAAGUUUACAUGCACCUGGUACUGUUGUACAUGAUAUAACAAAUGGAGAUAAUCGCGCUGUUGAAUUAUUUCUUCUUCACUUACGAGAGAAAAUUGAAGAACAUUUAAUUCGUACAGGAAGAAGAUCGCGUUUACAAUGGGAAACAUGGCGUACAUUUAAUGUUGAGCGUCAUCGUUUACCAUACUUAGUACCAACACCACUCACACCUAGAAGAACUGCUAUCGCACCUGGGUAUGGAUCUAUUUCGCGAAGUGAAAGAUUGAAGAAUCCACGUGCUGCUCUGUUUGAUAAUGUUUUAAUAGUUAAAGAUGAAGAAAUUGAAGUUUUACGCCAAAAAUUAAAAACUUGUGAAAAAAUUAUUCGUACUAAAGACAAACGAAUUCAAGAAUUAGAAGAAAAAUUUGAAAAAAGGAAACUGAAACGACCUUCACCAUAA